UCUUCUCUGAUACAAGUUGUAACUCAUCUGUAUUUAGAUUUUUUUUUUUUAACAGGUCUGUGAUAAAGGUUGGGUGAUCAGGUUGGCUGAGUUGUCCAUAUAGAUGGUUGAGUUGUCUCAUUUUGAUUGGCUAUUGAGAUUGUUAGCAGCCAUGUCAUCAACUCAAGUGUAUAACUUUCAAAACUACAUAGUUUUAAAUAAGGGUAAAUGCGUCUUUUAAUUUUUCCAAUCAAGUUAGUUACCGAAUUGUCCUUAAAUUAUACCAGAUCAAUAGUGUAUGGGGCAAGUCUUAAUUAAAGGGAGUUAUUUGUAAAAGAUUAAUAGUUAAAGAAGGUUUAUUAUACUUUAUUCAUAAAUUAACAAUACUCUUUGAGCUAUAUAUUCAGCUUCCUACUUAAAAAAAAAAAAAAAAAAAAAAAAAAUUUCAUCAGAUGCUGCCACGUCAUAAAUUAUGUGGCAACAUCUUACGAAGAGGACCAACCAAAAUCGUACGAGGUAGCCACGUGGGAAACUAUUUCAGAAAGAAAGAAAAAAAAGACUAACAAGUUGGUAACAGUUGUCGAACCACGUGACUUUUGUACCAAAAACGUAUAUAAGGAAAUUGAGCUUCAGAGAAUGAGUACUCUACAAAUAGAAGUUGAUAGAGAUCGAGUUAGAGAGAGAGAGAGAGAGAGAGAGAGAGAGAGAGAGAUGGGUCUUUUGAUUCAAAACCAAAACAGAGGUAGAGAGAGAAAAAAAUCUCUGUCAUUUUCUAAGCCCGGCAGAGUGAGAAGGUUAGAGAGAGAGAGAGACAGAGGGUUGGUCUUUGAUUCAAAACGAAAAGAGAGGUAGAGAGAGAGAGUCUGCCAUUUCUAAGACCAGAAGAGUGAGAAGGUGUGUGAGAGAGAAAGAAGAGAGAGAUGGUUAAGAAAGAAAGAGGUAGAAAAAGAAAAGAAGAAGAUGAUUCAUCUGCUGAAUGGCAAGUAGAGUCCGGCGAACAGAUGUCAUCUAAUCAGGACUCUUUCAACUGUCCGGCACAAAUUUCACCUGUGCCGUCUAGAUACCAAACCCGAAAUGCAAAGGCAGGUCUUGGUCAGGGUUCUACUUCAAGAUAUUCAAAGCAAAGCCCCAUUCAGACUCAGGUCACUCCCAAUCCUACUGGCACCCCAAGGUUGGCAAAGACCGAAAAAAAUAUGGGCAACUCCAAUUUUGCAUCAAAAUCAAAUACAAGCAAUGAUGAAGCGGAAGUGGAAAGUUACAUUUCCAAAGUGAUUUUCCCUGAAGCUCGUGCCCAACCAGCUGCUGCUCUCUCUGCAUCCAAUGAGGCUGUGUCGAACAACCAUCAGCUACUAAUCGAGGCUAAUGAAGCCUCAAAUAUAGUUGGGAGCAGACCAGAAGGGAGUGCCAACAAUUGUAAUCAAAGGGAAGAGCAUCAAGGCCAAACGUCUAGUUUUAACCUAACGGGAAUGGCUGAAAUGUUGGAUGAUGAUGACUCUUGUGAUCUCAAUGAGGUUGGAUCUUCUUAUGAUUCUGCUUUGGUCAUGGUUAAUGGGUACAGAGUGAAGCCGGAAUUGGCACCUCUCCUUAGAGCCAUAUUUUUGAAACAUGGAGAUAUUGCUAAAGAUUGCUCUUUGCUGAGUAUUACAACUCGUUCAUCUCUCUUGGAUGUAAUCUCUAGCAUUGUCCAGAAGUUACAGGCUACAGAAUUCAAACUUAUCACUGCUGAUGAGCUCACAUCCUUGCUUGAGCAAGUUCGUGAUCUAGAAUCUGUAAAGAUGGAAGUUGGAUGGCUGCGUCAGAGGUUGGCUGAUAUUUCUGAGGCCAUGCAGCUGUUCAAGGGCUAUUCCAGCCUGAAGGGUGAACAUAGAAGAAGAAUUCAAGCCGUUGAGAAGAAAGAGGAAGAGUUAAAAAGCUUCCAUAGGCAGAUUCGAGUUUUACAGGAGAGGGUCAUUUUAGCGGAGGAUGAGUUGAUUCCAAUGAAGGCUGAAGCCGUGAAGAUUGAUGAGACGGUCUCAGAGACAAAGGCAAAAGUGAAAUCCUUCUGUCAGAAGUCUUUGGUACAUGGACUAAUUUAGUUUAAUCUCUCCAUGACAAAACUGGUGGUUUGUUUUGACUGUCCUCCAAAAUAGAUAUUUUUAACUUGGUAACCAUUUGGGUCUUAGAAAUUAUACUAUGUGUUUUCUGAGAUACAAUUAAUGUUCUGUUUGGAACUCCUUUGCUGAAGUAGUAGUUACUGAUUGCAUUCUGAACAUGUGUGCUGUGACCCGAAACUAGUCUUCGCUUCAUUUAUUUUCUUUU